AUGUCCGGACACGGCGCUCCCGACGGGAAGACGCCUGCAGAGCAAAGCCUCGAGGAACCGAAAUACGAGCCAAUAAUCACUCUGAAACGCCAGUUCGUUGAGUCCGUCGAGCAAUAUGAGCCUGGUGGCUUUCACCCAAUCAACCUAGGAGACACAAUAGGUGGAAGGUAUGAAGUGUUCGAGAAGCUCGGCUGCGGCGGAUAUGCUACCGUCUGGUUAUGCGCCGACAAAACAGAGAAAGAGACAAAAUGGUGUGCGGUCAAAGUCAUGGCGUCAGCGCAGUCUUCCGAAGAAUUCCCCGAGCUCAGGAUCACGCGUCUGCUCGAUGGCGUCGACUUGUCGGGCUCUCACAUCCAACUGCCGAGCGACCACUUCUGGAUCGAGGGCCCGAACGGAAGGCACCUGUGCUUUGUGCUACCAGUGCUCUGUCCGUCGAUCGCCGAGGCAAUUGACGAGAGCGUUGGUUUCCAGAAAGAGGUCCUCUGUCAGGCUGCUGAAGGUUUGCAAUUCCUUCACCGUCGAGGCAUCUGCCAUGGCGACUUCAGACCUGCAAACAUACUGCCCCAGCUACCAGACCUUGGUGUCGUUACCAAGGAAUUCAUGCGAGAGAUCAUCGGCGAAUCGAAGACCGAGGCCGUACGUCCCUUGAAGCAGAGCGAUGCCCACAGGGCCCCGAAACAGCUCGUCCAGGCCGACCAGAUCAAAGUUAGACCAAGCGACCAGAUCGCCAUCAUCGACUUCGGUGUUCAUUUCAAGGUCUCUGAAUCCCCGGAGGCCACUCAAAUACCUGCUCACUAUGCCCCUCCGGAGGCUUGGCUCGGUAUAGAGAUUGGACCCAGUCUUGACAUCUGGUCUCUGGCCUGUACCAUCCUCGAAGUUCGGACCCAAGGCCAGAUGUUCUUCAGCAGAGAAGACCUAGCGAUGGCGGAGAGCUACGAGAUCAGACUAGGCGCCCUCCCCGAGCCCUACAACCCGGUCUGUAAGAAGCGGAUACAAGAAUCACCAGGCUCGACGAUGGAAGUGACCGAGGAAGGCGAGCCCGUCUCGUGUUCCACCGAGGACUUGGCCGAAGCCAUGGACGAAGAACUCGAAGACGAGGACUAUGACGAGAUCUUCAAGGUCAUGGCAGGGAAAGAGCGCAAGGUCUGGCGGUACCGGAGGAACUCCCUAGAUGUGAGAGACCGCAGACAAGAACAAGAACGGGUUGCCUAUAAGGUUCCAGAAGACGAAGUCCCGGUCCUCGCUGACCUCCUACGGCGGAGUUUCAGAUACGAAAUCUCCGAACGACUCGAUUUAGAUGGUAUCUUGAACCACGAGUGGUUGGUUCAAAGGGCCACAGAGGAAGCUUCCCAUUGA